CCAGCGCUGCCCGGGGCGGCCCCGGCCCGGCGUGCCCUGCGAUCGGUGUGAGCGGAGCGCGGAUGCCCGGCCAUGGCCGCCUCGUUGAGCCGCCCGUGCUUCCUGUCCCUCCACGUGCCCUUCGGGCAGGGCUGCGCACAGGACCUGGCUGCCGCUUUCCGCUUCCAGCCCGUGGCCGUGCGGGAGACUCCGCGCGUUCGGCAGCUGGCGCUGCGCCGGGGCAACGCCGUGUUCCUCCUCAACCAGCGCCUGACGCCGGCCGGCAUCUCUAGCCACGAUUUCCUGUACGACGUGGACCCCCGUCCCACGCAGGGCACGGCCUCCAACGUGUGCCUGGAGGUGGAUGACGUGCCGGGGCUGUGCGCCCAGCUGCAGAGCCGGGGCUGCGCCGUGCCCGUGCCCCCCAUCGAGGUGAGGGACGAGCGCGGCUCCGUCACCUACAGCGUGGUGAGCUCCGCCGUGGGCAACGUCAGCCACACGCUGCUGGACCGCUCCCGCUAUCGGGGGCCCUUCCUGCCCGGCUUCCAGCCUAUACAGGAGGCAGCAGCCCCGGGGGACGGCGUGGAGAUCUCCCACUUUGACCACAUCACCUACGUGUGCUCGCGGGGCGGCACGCAGCCGGCUCUGGAGUGGUACCAGCGCUGCUUCGGCUUUCGGCACUUCGCGCUGAGCCCGCGGCAGCAGCCGGCACAGGGCUUUGUGCUGGGGGGACACGGGGCUGGAAUGCUCCUCCGCGCCCUGCAGAGCGCUCACGGUUGUGGCUGCAAGCUUGUCCUGGCCGAGUCGCUUUCUGAAUCCAUCCCCAACCAAGUGGACACGUUCCUGCAGCAGCACGGCGGGGCGGGCAUCCAGCACGUGGGGCUGCGCACACCUGACAUCGUAUCAACCACCAGAGCCCUGAGGAGGGCGGGCGUGCGGUUCUUCACCCCCCCAGCUGCCUAUUACAGUCAGGGGGGCAAGGAGGAGGAGGUGCGGGGAGCCGGGCAGGAUCCCUGCACGCUGGCAGAGCUGGGCAUCCUGCUGGACACUGCUGUGCAUGGGGACAGCGGGCAGCCGGGCACUGACGCUGGCGUAAACCCUGCGCAGAGUUACUUGAUGCAGAUCUUCACCCAUCCCCUCUUCUCCAAGGAGACUUUCUUCCUGGAGCUCAUAGAGCGACGUGGAGCUCCUGGCUUUGGAGAAGGCAACAUACGGGCGCUGUGGAAAGCUGUGCAGAUCUAUAUGGACCAGAGGCAAUAGAGACCAGCAGCAUCCUUUCUCUCAGUCCCAACCCUGGGGCAAUGCAUCACACUAAUACCACAGCCCUGAGCUCAACCCAACAGGCACUCAACCCUAACACACUCCAGUGCUGCAGCACAGUGCUCACAGACAGGUCCUGGGGGCUCUGAGCAGCCCCCAGCAUGGAGAGGCUUUUCUCCCCCUUAGCCAGAUGGGAAGGACCUUCUGCCUUGAUUUCACCUGAAGCCGAUGAAAGUUGUGCUGGCAGCAUAUGGCUGAGGACACUGCUGGCACUGCCACAACCCCACUGUGGGGCACCAGGAGGGCACUAUAGACACAGCUGCUCACCAGCAGCCAUCACCCAAGGCACCACAGGGCAAGUGCCUGCCUCUUUGUCAUCUAAAUUAAAGAAUUAACCUGAAA